AUGUAUUUCCACGACCCCGGAAACACGUACCAAAAACAUCUCCAAAGUGGAGUAGACGACACUUUUCCAGAGGAUUUUCUGGACGAUUCUCCAUGUUCAUGUGGAGGAGAUUCUGAAAAUUAUUAUCAGAAUGAAAAUGUUUGCGAUGGCUCCGAAAUCAAUAGAAUCAACUUCAAUGUGUUUUCAAUCGGAGAAUCACCAAAAAGAAAGAGAAAACCAUUGGAAGAAAUCAAUCGACAAGGAACAUUGGACAAGAGAAAUUUCAAUCAGAAGACACACAUUCCACGCGCAAAGCCCUCUAUUCAACCCAUUCUUCCGCGAAACAUUUCAAAACUGGAAUCUACACCAAAAGAGAUCGCUCACCCAACCCCUCCGAAAUCCCCUUUUCCAAAAAUGUCGAUCCAAAUGGCAAUGAUGAUUCUGACUGCAGAUAUUCCAGAAGAAUGGAUGCUUCCAGAUGCGAAUAGACUCCUUUUUGAAGUGGAAACCUGGCGAAGAGGAGACGAUGUAUUCUCGAAAUGUCUCACACUAAUCGAUACGAAGAUUCUGGGAUGUCGAAAAGAAACAUACAAAAGUCUGCUGAUGAAACCAAACCCUUUGACUAAGAAUUGCGAUCUGUAUUUGAAGCUUUACAAUUUUUUGAAAACACCGGAGAAUAUGAAACAAGAGAUUAUCAGUUUGGAUGUUUAUGGAUAUGAGGAUAUGGUGAAAUUCAAUGGACAAGUCAUCAAAAAACGUAUGAACUGGUAUUCUUUUGAGCAACAAUUCGUCCUUACCGAUAUCUUCCACGAACGUCAGAAUCCAACGGAGAAGUUUUUGGAAAAUGUAUCGGAACAAAUUCAUCUUCCAGUGGAAUGUGUCAAGGAUUUCUUCCACAAUUCUCGCCUGAAUCUCAAGAAAUGCUAUGAUUGA